CUCAAAUUUCGGGGCGAUUUUAAAAAUGCCCAUCCCCGAACUCAGCUCCCCAGACCAGUUGGACAGAUAAUGAGUUAUAUGGAGGAGUGUUUCGCCGGGGCUCCGCAGGAGUUUCUAAUCUGCAUUACCGUCCACAAAGCGGCGCAAGUGGGAGUGACCUCUGGAGACCUGUACGUGCGGAUCAGUCUGGACAAAAUGACCAAGAGCACCAAGUCGUACCCGAAUACCGAAAAUCCCUUUUUCAAUGAGUACUUUGUAUUUGAAUUCCACUGCACCUUAACCGAGCUCCUGCGUCUGACGAUCCUUUUCGAGCUGAAGAAGCACAUGACCUACAAGAAGAAUGUGGUGGUGGGCGAGUUGCUGGUGGAUCUGCACAGUGUGUGGAAUCAAUCCAAUCACGGUUACUUUAAGAAAUGGGGCCGACUGGAGGCGCCCAUUGGGGAGAACCAAUCCCUAGAGGCUACCACCGAAUCUCACGGCUACUUGCAACUCGAUCUGGCCAUCGUAUCCCAGCACAGUCCAGUGACCAUUGGACUGAGAUCUGAGGAACAGGACAGCCAGCACCUAAAUAAAUGGGCAGUGGACCAUGAUUACGAUGACAUCGAAAGAAACCUCCUGACCAAUGUGAGCUCGUUUGCCCCAAGCAACAUUCGCUACUUCGUCGCCUUCUAUCGAGGUUACUUCAUCAGGCAGAGCAACUACAUGAUUCAAGUAUCGUUUGCCGGCUUCAAUGGCAAAACGCCGGUGGCCAGGAAUACGUCGACGCCGGUGUGGAACCACGAGAUCAACUUCGCCUGGAUGUAUCCCUCGGUGGCGCAGCGAUUCCUUAUCCUCAUACUCGCCCAUGAGCAUCUGCAAUGGAAGUGUGUGGCUGAAUUCGAGUUGUCGCUCGAAGAGAUUGCUUUUAAGGGAACUCCAUCUCUGGGACCCACCUACCUACACCUUUACGAUCCUAUCAAUCCGAUGACCUAUGUGGGUCGCCUGCUAAUGGAACUGCGCUCUGAGAUGCUGAAUGAUGUGCAGCCUAGUCACACUUUGUCCUCAAAAACAGUGCCCGGUUUGGAUGAGACUCGUUUCUGGCACGAUGACGUUUAUUUGGUUGAGUUUCUUCCCCUGCUGGGUCAACACCUUCAGACCUCGGCUUCCGCUUACAAGAUCUCCGCAAGAUUGGCCGAACACAGCUCGAAUGUGCUGGAGGGUUCCCUGAGGACUCCUUUGGAUCGCUUUCGAUCCGCCAUCAAUUCGAAAAGUUUCCGCCGGGAGGCACCCUUUCGAUCCUGCAUGUUUCGUGUGCGCCUGCCGGAUAAUCGAGCUAAGUUUGAAAGUGAUUUCUUCAUGCUGGAUAUAGCCAACUAUAUGCGCGGUGAGCUGGAUACCUUCAAGGUCUUUCAGCUGAAAAAUCACCUCCUCGAUGAGCAGGCCAAGUGCCUAAAGGCAAUAGUGGGCAACAUUUUGACCAGGAUCAAGGAGGGUCUAGAUGCCCACCGAUUCGAUCACGAUGUUCAGCCACAGCGCACCACAUGGGACAUCAAUCGGCAGCUGUACCUCCUUGACUUUUUCGCCAAGUUGCCGCAGGAGCUGCAUCAGCUGAAGCAGAGAUUGCGCACCUGCUUCCUGGAACAUUUGGAUGCAUCUAUUGCAGAUGUGGUUAGUGAGCUGCAGCGCCUGGUGGCUGAGAUAGGAGAGCUUUCUGGCAUGGCUCGCCUGCAGGACGAGUGGCCCGAAUUGGUUCUUUCCCUGAGUGCAGGUGGUAAGGAUUUGGGAGUUUGCCGGCUGAACGCCAAGCUCUUUCUGCAUCUGCAAAAUCAGAACACCGAACUGCAGCAGCAGGAGACGCUCUGCUGGCGUCUCAGGAGCUUCUCCUUCAAAGCCUCCGGUUGCACGCACACCUGCCCCAAUUGUGGUUGCACCUCAGCCAUAGUUUCAGGAUGCUUGGCCAUUGUGGUGGAACGGGAGCGAAAGGAGUUCCUCUCGGCGAUCAGUGAGGAUUGGACCUGCAUCGAGCCCAUGCUGUGGCAGCCGAAUCCCGGACAGACACACUUCCUCUGCCACGUCUACGUUCAUCAGGCUAAAGUUCGUCCUGGUGGCGAGAAGAGGAGCAUCUGCGACUCCCAUUUGAGGGUCCUGUUCGCCGACCAGGCCUGCGAAACAUACACAUCUCCUGGAACCCUUUCGCCCAUUUGGAAUGCCGUCAUCACCUUCAAUUUGUUAUCCCUCCCAGGAGGAGUUAAUCUCUAUCUAAAGAAUCCCCCGCUUCUCUCCUUGGAGUUCUACAACUCGGAACGCAGCCUACCCGAUGAUCUCGUGGGCAUGGGAAGUCUGGCUAUGAGCGUUAUCAGCGAGGAUCAGGCCACUGAUUCCAGUUGGGAGGAUCCCGGAGGAUUGGGCUGGCCAAAGAGUCCGAUGCAGAAGCUACAGAGAUUGAAGCACUUGACACCACCUCCCCUUAAAUGGGUGCCACUAGCCAGGAAGGGAUCAGUUCAAGCGGAGGUCCUGAUGUCCGCGGAACUCAUCGAACUCUCCACGGAUCCCACUGGUCAGGCUAUUAACAAGGAGCCACAUCUCGCCACGGGCAUUCCAGCUGCUAUAAGACCCAAUAUGCAGAAUUUUGUCCUGGAAGUUUUCUUUGUGGGUCUGCGCAACUACUCCAAAAGCAGCAUGAGUUCGGCGGGGAAAAGGAAGAUCAAGGUGAUGAUGGGUGACCUCGUCUUGGCCAGUGGACCCUCCACGGCUCGCAUUCGCAACAGCAUUAACUUCCUGGUGGCCUAUGCUUCGGGUGUGGUGAGUCUUCCUGAUCAGCAGGAUUACUGGCCAGCGAUCAUUGCCACGGAUGUCCUGCUCUCCGGCUUUAGUAGCGAGUCCACCCUGGGAGCUGCUCUUAUACCCAAUUCCUCGAGUUUCCUGCAACGCGACAGGAGCCUAAAGUGUGUGCCGAAAAGGGAGCAGGUUUCCACUACGGUUAGUGUGGUUGAAGAUGAGGAGGAGGAAGACGAGGAGGAGGACGAACUGGAGUGGCAGGAAGAGCAGGCCAAACCGUCGAGGAUCCGCGGCUGGUGGAGGAGUCUCAUGUUCGCUGUGGGUCUGCGACCCGCUGCCUAUGCCAAUCGUCAGUCCCUGAGGAUCGAAAGCGAUCUGGAUGACAGUGAAUUAUACGAGGGACGUGAGUUCACCUGGUGGACCAAGUUCUACAACUCCAUGUACUGGAGUGCGGCGGAGAUGAGCCACGAGCACAAGCACCGCCUGGUCAUCUACCACGAGGAGCUGGAGAAGCAGGCUCAGUUCGGUUACCUCCAGGAUUGGGCGGUGCCCGUUCAGUUGGUCCAUGGCGUCAAGUUCAAGAAGCAGGGUCCGCCCAAAGAGGAUGUCUAUGCGACUCUAAAGCUGCAACUCAAGUUGACCCCCUGCCAGUGUCCCGUUCUCGAGGAUCCCGAAGGUGGUGGCGACAGGGUUCGUCCGUUGCCAAACGCCAUACAUCCCCGACAUCAGAGCAUUCUUCAGUCACUGGGUGAGACCAUUAAGCUGAUUGUUCGUGUCUAUGUAGUGCAGGGUGUUCAGAUGCGCCCCCGAGAUCUUAAAGGCAACUCAGAUUGCUAUGUGAAACUCUUUCUGGGCGGCAAGACGGUUUCCGAUAGAGCUCAUUACGCGCCCAAUCGUAGCAAUCCCGUCUUUGGCCGCCUUUUCGAGAUGGAGGCUACGCUGCCCGGAGAUCACAUGCUGCAGAUCAUGGUGUACGAUCACGAUAAGAUCAAGGACGAGGUGAUCGGUCAGACCAAUGUCGAUCUGGAAGACCGCUGGAGGUCCCGACAUCGAGCCACCGUGGGUGUGGCUAAUGAGUACACACGGAGUGGCUACAAUCACUGGCACGACUUGAAGUCGCCCUCGGAAAUUCUCAUCGACCUCUGCCAACGACGCGGCAUUCGGCCUCCCUACUAUUAUGGGAAUGUGAUCGAGGUGGACGGCAUGCUUUUCGGGGAUGAGACAGUGAUCUCUAAGGAUGAGGAACUGCAAGAGCGACUUAGCCUCGCAGUGCUUAAGAAUAUGGACAUGCUGCCUUCCUUUGGCUACAAACUGGUGCCCGAGCAUGUGGAGACACGAUCCCUUCAUCGAGAGGAUUUUCCAAACGUCGAACAGGGUAAACUCCAAUUGUGGAUAGAGCUGUUCGAGGCGAACAUCUAUGUGCCCAAUCCCAUCGAUAUAACCCCGGUUCCGCCGGCGGAUUUUGAGGUGCGUGUUGUGGUCAAGAAUCUGGCUGGGAUUCAGUCGGGGGACAAAAACAUUUUCGGCAAACUAAUGAGCGACAUCUACGUGAUAGGAUGGUGCGAGGAUGAGGACAAGCGCCAGGCGACCGAUAUCCAUUACCGCUCAUUUGCGGGCGAUGCGGCAUUUAAUUGGCGCAUGGUCUUCGGCAUGAAGUACUCCCCCAACGAGGACCUGAUGGUUAUCCACCGCAAGGCGGGGCUCCUGGAGGAGGUGGAGUUCAAGAAGCCGCCGAUUGUAUAUCUGCAGGUUUGGGACAAGGAUGUGCUGUCCAAGGAUGAGUACCUGGCCGCCCUGGAGCUGAACCUCUCCAAUAUGUACGCGCCCUAUCCGUAUGUCCAAUUAUGCAAGCCCUUUCCCAGGAAAAGGAAGCGCAUUAAUCUGUUCAAGCGCAAGGUCAUCAGCGGCUGGUUUCCGCUGCAAAGCAAUGCGCAUCCUUCGCAACGCUCCCAGGCAAAAGUUCAGAAAGGUAAAAUGCAGCUCAGUAUUGAAAUCUGCACGGAUGUGGAGGCAGCCAACCGGCCGGCGGGUCGUGGUCAGGAUCCACCGAUGGCCUUGGAGCCGCCUUACAGACCGGACACCUCCUUCAACCCACUGACGCAUCCCUGCAAGUCCUUGCGGUUCAUCCUCUGGCCCGUGAUUCGGAAAUAUGUCCUCUGGGGUCUGCUGAUACUGAUCGUUAUCCUGGGAUUGGUGCUCUUCUUUUCCAAUCUGCCCGGCAAACUCAUGGCCAUUCCACUCGAAUGAGAACUUCUUUUUGUUUGUUUUCCGUUUGUUUAUUGUUCGCUAAAUUGAGUUACUCCUUGCAUUUUAAAAGUUUUUCAAUAAAUUAGUUUUUACUUGUCA